UAUAGCACAAGUGGGCAGGGCUGGAGCACAGGUGGGCGGGCUCUCUCAGUAGGUAUGAGUGUUGGAGGAGGUUCAUGAUCAGAACUCACAGAGGCUGAGGAGGAGCACACAGAACACGGUGAAGAAUUACCUGAAGAGCUUACCUUCAAAAUGACCAUUGGCCAAAGGAAGUCCUCCGUGCGCAGCUCCAUCAGGGCUCCCAAGUUCUUAGACAAGUCCAGUGGGUUCUAUGGCCGCCUGGAUGAGCCGGAGAUCCCAGCAACAGGAGAAGAUCUGAAGGUGGAGAUCUUCAGUAGAGCUGUGGAGGAGGUGGAGACGUUUAACGAAGACGAUGGCGAGAUGUUACUGAGGAGGAAGCCCAGCCGGCGCAGCAGCAGGUGGAGAAGCCUGCGCAGGAAGGGAGACAAGGACGAGAGAAGGCAAGGGAGUGAGGACGAGAGGAGACAAAGCGAGGAGUGGAGACAGGGAAGCGAGGAGAUCACGGAGGUCACGAUCCAGGUGCAGAUGCAGAGUGUAGAGAGGGAGCCAGCCGUGGUGCACUUCCCCGUACCGGAGGAGGCAGAUGACAGAGUGCUGAUCAGGGACAGAGCCGAGCGGGAGGAGCGGGAGCAUCCGGAGGAGCAGGUGCCGGAGGAGGAGAGGCAGAGGAGGGAGCAGGAGGAGGGCAUGAAGGCUCUGAAGAGGAAGAGCAGCAAAAACUACCGUAAGGCUUUGGACCGAGCGUUCCGUCGCGGCUGGGAGGCCUUCAUCACUAACCUGUACAGUGUCACCAUCACUUCCUCCUCUGACCCCUCCCCUUCCCCCUCCGACUCCUCCCCCUCCUCCCCCUUACCCAAGAAGAGGCAGCACAGCAGCAGGAUCCUGGCGGAGAUGCACUGACCCGGGCAGCGGUCAGGACGGGUCUCUCGGGGUCAUGAAGUCCUCUGUAAACCACGUCCCCGAUGAAGAAGACUAAACCCAGAGACAGAGGGCAGGAGAGGAGGGGGGGAUACAGUGACGUCUAGUGGCCUGGAGGAUGGACUGAGUGUCGCUCCUUUGACUUUAUGAGAAUUCUUUGUUAAAUGAGUUUAUUAUGUCAUCUAUUUCCAUCUAAAUAUUUUAUGUUAAAUGAAAGCAAACAUUUGAUGUAGGCUAACUUAAAGGGCUCAUAUUACACUAUUUUCUUGUCUGUUGUCUACGUGUCAGUGGUCUUAUGGAUGAACUUAAAGGUUCUAUGUUACACAAAAUUGACUCACACAGGUGAAUGAAACAAAACACAACUCCAAGUCUGUUUGUGAUGAGAAAACCACAUUAUAACAUAGAUCAGAAAAGAGUGUAAAAAGGGCCCUUUAAAGUGGAGUCCCGGUUCAUGUUUGGCGUGCUGUUGGACACGAUGAAGCUUCUGCUGAUGUGACCUGGCACACACAAAUGCUGACCAGAAUGUCAUCAUCUGUGACUAUGUAUGAAUCAACCAAUCAGAUCGUCCCGUGACUGUCUUAUCGAAUCAGAUUGUCCCGUACGGUGACAGUAGGAAGAGCUGCAGCUGGACUCUGCAGUCUGAUCACUUUGUAUGAUGAUAUAUGUUAAUAAUCUAUCAUUAUUUAUAUGAACCAUGUUCUAAUCUGUCUGUGUGUGAGUCAGAGUGUCUCACAAGUAUUUGUAUUUAAAUUAUUUUGUCCAUUCAUAAGAACAGAAGCAGUUUUAUGAAUAAAUGAUGUAUUUUAAUAAAA